AUGGUGCUUGUAUUUAUCAGAACCCUCAGCCCAGGGGUUGAUGCCCCCAGUGAGGGUUAUAUGAUGCUGAAGAGGUACCCGUGCCUGGGCUCCUGCUGCCUCUCCGAGGGCACCAGGGAAGUGCCUCCAGAAGAGGAGAGUGGGAUGCGGGCCUCUCAGACAGGGCAGAGAUUUAGGAUAUUCCUCUGUAUCAUACUGGGGGCCCUUCUCUUCCUGGUCCUCGUUAUCCUGGGGAUUCAGCUACACAGAUGGAGAGCAGAGCACCAAGCCUUAUCUGCUUUUGAAGAUGCUGUCGAUGAAGGCUUGUACCAGGAGAUUGAUGACCUCAUAAAACCAGAGAAGGAGGACCUACUGGACAGCCCAGGACACCUGUCUGAUGACUCAGUGACUCGGCUGCCAUAUUACACAGGGGACACUGAGGAGGAUGGAGACCCUGAAUAUGCUCCAGAGCCUCGGGGAGAGCAUGUCAAUGCCACAGGAAAUGGUUACGAUGAUGUUGAAGAGUUACCUGUUCCUGAAAUUCCUUUCUCUCCUGGGAGGAGUGAGAAUUAUUUUUCCACAGAGGAUGGAGGUGGUGACAGGUAUUCCCAGACAGGCAUCUCUCUGCAGUCUCCUGGAGAAGCUGUCAACUCUAGCAUGGAAGAGAAAGAAUCCUCAUUGGUCCUGAGACGAGAAGAUCCUGGGUAUGACGAUGUUGAUCUUAGCAUCAUGUCGUGCCACUUUUUGAAGCAAGAGACACUUUGAAGAAACGUCCACAAUAUUGUUUCCCAAAUAAAUGAGAGUUUUGUUUUC